ACUUCUCUUAUUUCUCUUAAGUUGGUUAGUUUUGUAUCUACUAGUAUACAUUUUCUUCUCAUAAUAUAAACAAUUAAAUUAUUUAUUUUAUAAAUAGCAAAACUUUACUCAGGAAACUGCAGACCAUUUAUUUUAUAUGUUAAUUAAAGUUUAUAAUUAAAAUUUUUUACUUUCAUUAUUAAAUAUGGGUGAAAACGAUACAGAACGUAAUUUACUAAGAAGCCUUAUAAAUGCUUCGGAAAAAGCAGCUAAUAUUGCCCGUAUAUGUCGAUCGAAUGAACAACUUCUGUCGUUAUUAGUUCAAGAAAAAAGUGGAACUGAAGCGAAUGCGCGAUUUGAACAUGAUUUCAAAACCCUAGCAGAUGUACUGAUACAAGAAACUAUCAAACAUGAUGUUGGAAAUUUAUUUCCCGAAUUGCUUGAAUCCAUUUGUGGCGAGGAAUCACCAAAUUUUACAAAUACUCUUGGUGAAUCAGUCACCAUAAGUGUAGGUGAAACCUUAACAAAUACAAUACAAUGUCUGUCCACAGUGCUAAAUGGUAAUGAAGAAGCAGCGGAAGCAUUAGCCAAUGAAGUUCAUCGUGAUAUAUUCUUUGAGGAUGAGAGAUUAGGGGAUAUACCAGCUCUACCAAAUGAUUUAGCAUAUGAAGAACUUGGUAUAUGGAUUGAUCCAAUUGAUGCUACUGCUGAAUAUAUUUCCGGGGAUUCAAUGUUUACAAACUUUCCUGGUAUCACAUCAACUGGAUUGGAUUGCGUUACUGUGCUGAUUGGUGUCUACAAUCGUUUAACAGGAAUACCAAUUAUAGGUGUUAUUUCACAACCAUUUCAACAAAAAAUUAUUGAUAAUGAAUAUCGAUCGCUUGUAUUUUGGGGUGUAGCGUUACCCGAUUUACAAGUGAAUAAUUGUAAAUUCGAUGCUAGAAUAAGAAAUCCUUUAGGCAUUUUCUCUAGUUCAGAAAAUCCAGAUGUUUUGCAGUGCUUCUUAAAUUUAGGUUAUGAAAUAGCUUUCUCAGCUGGUGCUGGACAUAAAGCGCUUAAAGUUAUAACAAAUGAAGUGGAAAUAUACACGUUAAGCAAAGCCGGCACUUUUAGAUGGGAUACUUGUGCACCACAAGCGAUAUUGCGUUCGAUAGGUGGCGAUAUAUAUAAUUACAGUGAAUCGGUCAAGCAACAGAAACCGAUUGCAUUAAGUUAUUCACCAGCAAAUGAUAAUGAGGAAAAUUGGAAGUGCAAUAAAGGUGGUUUAAUUGCUAUACGUGAUAGUAAUAACAUUGAGCAGUUCAUUGUGGCGUUGGCAAAUGUAUAAAAAAAAUUGUGUGGUAUACAAUAUAUCAGGGUUUCGAUUUCCUAUUAUUUUAAGAAUUAAAUGUUAUACGUUGUGUGCUGUUGAUAUUAAUUACUUAAUGCUGAAUAUAUUUUCCUGACGUUAAAAACUAGUUGCUAUUUGUUGUGUGCUCUUGAUUUUAAAAAGUUCAAUUUUGAUAUUGUAAACAAUUGUAUUUCGUUCGUUAAGUUUUGAAAUAAAAAAACAGUUUCAAUUAUUUGUUUAUAUAUAACAUAUAGUUUAUAUUGUUAACUUCGUAACAUAUUUGUUAAAAAAAUAUUAUAGUUACAUUUCAUAUUUUAUUUAGCUAAAACAAACAGACUAUUUAUGUUAUGAUAAAUUUGUUAGCUGCAAAAUCUUUAAUAAGUUAGAAAAUUGUUAUGAAAACAAAUUAAAAUCCAAAAAAAAAA